GGGGUUUCUAUUUUUUUCGGUGCCCCUCCGUCAUUGAGUCCCGUCCGCGGGCCCGGUCAAUCACAUUUCAAUAUUCGAAUGGACAUCUACCUCCACGUACCAGAAGCUCCAAUCUCAGUUGUUAUCGCCGCGGGGUCCGUUCUGUCGUAUCGUUAUCUCUCAUUUGUUUAGUUUCCCUUUGCGCGUCGCACCGCGUCUCAUACUACCAUACCACUUUUACCCAUUCGCAAACUUUCGUCAUCGAUAUCUCCAUCGACCUAGAACGACCGACACAAUGGCGAGCACAUCCUCUUCCCCGUCGAUGGCCAUCCCCGGCCAAUUCCUUGGCCCUAUCUCCAAGUUCCAACCCGGUCCUGGAACCCAUAUCCACGAGUCGAACCUCUACUCUUCGCUGCUCGGCGUCGUCAACAUCACACAGCCCGCCAAGGCGCCCGGCCCUGCUAAGCGCUUGAACAAGAUCAUCAACACCCAGACCACGCCCGCCGAGCUACCGACCAUCUCGGUACUGCGUUCAGCGGGUUCGUCAGACAAGCGCGAGGUGCUUCCUGAAGUGGGCAACAUCGUGCUAUGCCGGGUGAUUCGCAUCAUGCCGCGCCAAGCGGUUGUGGCCAUUCUGAUUUGCGGCGAUACUGUUUUGGAGGCCGAGUGGCAGGGCCUGAUUAGAGUGCAGGACGUGAGAGCAACAGAGAAGGACAGGGUAAAGAUUUACGAUAGCUUCAGGCCGGGAGAUAUUGUCAGAGCCGAGGUGAUUUCUCUCGGUGACCAAGCCAGCUACUACCUGUCGACAGCGCGUAACGAGCUCGGUGUCAUUAUGGCGACAAGCGAGGCCGGUAACACCAUGUACCCCGUCAACUGGAAGGAAUACAAGGACCCUGAGACCGGGCUAAGCGAACCCAGAAAGGUUGCGAAGCCCUACUGAAGUCGGCGGAUGGAGUUUCGAAAUGAGACAUGAAAAGGAUGCUUGAAAAGCAAUGCAUAGCGCAGUUACUAGCUUGAGGUGCAGCGUGUUAUCAAGGUGAUACGGGCGUUAAUCUGCUCGGAGCGCUCGCCGAGUAGUGGAAG